CUCGACGAACCACUAGUAGUAGUGGUGGUGCCCGUGUGACCGUGUCCGUGCUCCAUCGCAAGAGAGGAGAUGAGAUCAUGAGAGCGAGAUUUAGUGGUUGCACAUUUGAUCUAUCUAUAUAUAUAUAUAUGAACCGUCUAGCCCACAUCCUCCUCCUCCUGUAGUCUACCUCCACACCUGUUACGACGGUACGACCUCUUGCUCUCUACCUGCAGUGUCUAUCUGAUCAUUGAUGAGCCAACAGCCCAAUAUCCCUGAGCUAAUUCAGCUGUGCCAUCCAUCGAGCUUCUGCUGUGCUGCUGGUCACGAGCGCACAUAUAUAUUAUAGACUACUACUCUUCUGUCGACGGCGUGCCCUAUGCGGCCGGCCGAGAUCAUGGACCGCCGCCGCUUUGCCGAGACGGAGGGCAAGAGGGCGCACGACCCGCUGUACAGCCCGCGGCGCGCGGCGAGGGCGACGGCCACCGGCUUCCCCGUCGGUGAGCACGGGGAGGUGCUGGCGGGGCCAGUGAUCGUGGGCGCGGGGCCGGCAGGCCUUGCGGUGGCGGCGUGCCUCACCAUGCGGGGCGUCCCGUACGUGCUGUUGGAGCGCCAUGGCUGCGUCGCCUCGCUGUGGCGCCACCGCACGUACCGCAGGCUGCGCCUCCACCUGCCCAAACGCUUCUGCGAACUGCCGCUCAUGCCGUUCCCGCCAAGCUACCCGGCCUACCCAACCCGGGAGCAGUUCCUCGCCUACCUCGAGGACUACAUCGCCACCUUCGGCAUCAGGCCAUUCUUCCGCCAGGCCGUCGUCAGCGCCGAGCACGACGGCGACUUCUGGUGCGUCCGCACCCUCGACGGCGGCGGCACCAGCCGGGAGUACCGCUCCAAAUGGCUAGUCGUGGCCACAGGCGAGAACGCGGAGCCCGUCGUGCCUGACAUCGACGGCAUCCAUGCCUUCAGGGGCCUCGUCAUACACUCCAGUGACUACCGCAGCGGCGAGAGCUACCGGGGUAAGAAAGUGCUCGUGAUCGGCUGCGGCAAUUCCGGUAUGGAGGUGUCUCUCGACCUCUCCAACCACAAUGUACACACGUCCAUGGUGGUGCGUGACUCGGUGCAUGUUCUUCCAAGAGAGAUCAUGGGUGUCUCCACUUUUGGUUUGUCCCUAUGGCUUCUCACGCAUCUAUCAAUUCAGAAAGUGGACCAAAUACUCCUGGUGCUCACACAGCUUGUGCUAGGAGACACCGCACGCCUCGGCAUUCCUCGACCUAACAUUGGUCCGAUGGAGUUAAAGAGAGUCUCUGGAAAGACACCAGUUCUGGAUGUGGGAACUAUAGCCAAGAUCAAAUCUGGAGACAUUAAAGUGUAUCCAGCAAUUCAAAGUUUUCAAGAGCAUGGGGUUCAGUUUAUUGAUGGCAAGUCUGAAUCAUUUGAUGUUGUGAUUCUUGCCACUGGAUAUAAAAGUAAUGUUCCUUAUUGGUUGAAGGAUAAGGAUUUGUUUUCAGAGAAAAAUGGAUUUCCACAUAAUUCAAAUGAAUGGAAAGGAAAAAAUGGUCUUUAUGCUGCUGGAUUUUCAAGACGUGGGCUACUUGGUGUGUCUAUGGAUGCUACAAAUAUUGCAGAUGACAUCCUUGGAUGUUGGAAUGACUUUGGCUAUGAAAGACACAAGAGAAAAUAAUAUGUUAUUUGUGUGAUUGAUAAGGAUACCAUCUCCAAUUUUUACUCAAAUAUUUUGUGGAUACGUGUACUUGUCUAUUUACAUCUAUUCGAACAUGUGGAUGCAAUAGGAAAAAUAUUGUGCUAACUUCUCCACCACCACAAUCAUACCUACCACCACAAUCAUAUAGUUGCAUUAGACAAGUACAUGUAAAAGUUAUAGGUUUAUCUUUUGUAUUUUAGUUUUGCUCUAACAUUAGAUCUUCUAAUUUGAGAGACAAUCGUUGGAUUCUUUUUCUUUGUGAGGUUGAAGAGAUUCUUUUAUUUUGACAAACAACGCAAGUUGUUUUUGUAAGUGUUGAUUGUACUAGAUGAAUGGGUAAAUUUCUUGUUUUUCUUAUAGUGUGGUAAUAUUAGUUGCAAUAUAUUUUUACCUUGGUGAUGGGUACACA